AUGGCCAAUUUCAAGGUCACUCCUCACGCAACCGCACCUGUGGACAACACUAAGCUUGACUUCCAAAGCUUGUAUUUGCGCCGGAUCAUUUCUGGGCCAAACAAGAACCAAUCUACAAUGAUCGACAGAUAUGGUAACACGGACUUUAGUUUCACAUCCGUCAACAACUGGGCAAUCUAUGAUGGUGCGAGCGAGGACGCAAAGCUUGUUGCUCGAGCAAAAGGCAUGCGCAUGAAUGCUGUUAACUGGUGUAAUUUUUUCACCAUAGUCUUUGAGUUUGAAAGGUUUAAAGGAUCCACGCUUGAGGUAAUGGGAGCAACAACUACUAAGGAACAAGGUGAGUGGGCUAUUGUUGGUGGAACUGGCGACUUCGCGAUGGCACGUGGUGUCAUCAAAAGGAAAGUACAUCAGAAGUUAGCUGAUGGAGAAGUGUUUGAGCUUACUAUUGAUGCUUUCUGCUGCAACAUGAAGGUGAGACUUUGA